AUGGCCCGUUCUUCGUCUUCUUCCCAAGUGACCGACUUAGAUGUAAGAGCAUUGUCUUGCCUCCUCAGCCUCAGCGACGCGGAUGACGAUGAGGUCGAAGCCGCGAGAAGGAGAAAGGGCGGGCAAGCUCUGACACCCGCCAGCCUCACGGGCAUAACGAAGGGGUCCAGCUCCAGAAGUGGAACCGAUGUCGCCAACAGUGCUGGAUGCCGCGAAUCGACCAAAACAAAAAGUGUUUCCGGGAAUACAUCCUUGGACUCGCUGCUCGGUGACGUCUGGGAGAUAGAAGAGGUGAAGCUGGGUCAGUGCGUGGAACCCGCUGACCCGCGACCCCAACCCGAGUAUGAGGUCAACUACAGGCAACGUGUAACCGCCAACCAAAUUUAUUUACCGCUGAGCGGCCUGGCCACCGACGGCCGCGGGGAGGAGGACCUGGUGGUGCGCGUCGUGCUGCCCGGCGACCUCUUCACCGAAGUCAACCUCGAGGUCACCUCCAGCGCCCUUCGCCUCGCCUCGCCCAACCACCUGCUCAACCUGCCCCUCCCUCGCCAGGUGGACCAGAGGAAUGGCGUCGCCACCUGGGAUCCCAACGCCCACACUCUGGUUGUCACGUUGCCUAUUUCUGCACAUACGCAGCCCUUGCUCAGACCCGCAAGCUCUUCCCGCUAG